CUGGAUUUCAUUACUAAUUUCAGCUUACAUGGUUUUUUUUUCCUUUGGAACUUUUUUAUUCAUCCAGGUAUUCUAGGUAGGAAAUUAGCAUCAAACGGCGUCACUACACAGGGAGAGUGUCACAUUGAUCCGGGCGAUGCAUGUAGCCGUGAUUUUUUUCAGAUCUCAGCCAUUACUCCUCGUAUAUCUCAUGGUUCAAUCAGACUCGAGUCACCAUCAUCAAUUUCACCUACUUAUUCUGCUGAUUCGCUUCGUGAAUCUGUCAUUUCAUCUUCAGAUUUACCUGAUGGCUCUAUCCAAGGUUCGGAACAAUCAUUUUUUGCAUCAUCUCUUUCUGCUGAAUCGUGGAGUGCUGGGGAACGAAACCAGCAGAUAGCUGCACUGAAAGUUUCAAAAAAUGGUGAAUCUGUGGUGUUGGAUAACAAUUGGAAGGAGGAGGUUGUUGUUACCUUAUGCACUGGGGAGCAGCCUGACGCGCUGGAAGCAUCGUCUGAUCUUCAUCAACAAGCAUCAAUUAUUGGGGACUAUAGCAGUAUUUCGGAUAGAUUACUGCAACCGCGGAUACUUUCAUUUGGUCCCUUUUCUAACGUUCGUGCUUUGCGCUUCACGAGCAAUGCUAAUCUCCUAGGCUUACCUCCAACUUGGUCAUUCAACGACUCCAGCCAGGAAUUCAGAGGCGUCAGACAUCUUUUACCGGGCAAAGGAGUACUUGUAGAGUAUUUAAGUGAGUGCAUCUGA